AUGUCUUACUGGAUCUGCUGCAACUCCUGCUUCCUCUCCCCCAGUGCUGAAAGGAAACUGGCUGUCACAACGUGUGGCCAUGUCAUCUGCAGCGUGUGUUAUAUGAAAGGCAAACCAGGCAAGUGUUUAAUAUGCAGUGCCAAAUGCCAAGUGUCAGCGCUCUCCGACAAAAGCAGCUCAGAGGUGAAGGCCCUGUUCUCCGACAUCAACGCCGUGGCAACCAAACACUUCACGGAAAUCAGCAAAGUUAUAAUGUUCCAGGCAAGACAUCAGAAGAGACUUUUGACUCACUACCAACAAAAGAAUGAGAAACUCAAUGAGGCAUUAGUCAAGAUGAAGACAGAAAUGCAGCAGAUGGCAAAGAAGCUGAAUGAACAGAGUGCCUACAUCACUAAACUGGAAAACUCUCUCCAGCAUCAGAGUGCCAAAGUUUCAUCAGCGCCUCAGAUGAGCCACAGUUGCCAUACUCCACAUAAAUCUGUCCUGCAGAUCCCGUAUAAUUCCCCGAUGUCUCUCUCCAGACACUCAUCGACCACUAAUGUCCAUGAAAACAUGGACGUGGAUGAAAGGAGUCUGUUCAGGAAACCUAACACCGUCCCCAGACUGUCGUUAAUCAGUCCGCCACAGGAUGGACGAAUGGGCACCGUCUCUCACAGAUCCUCCAGUCACAGCAUGUUGGCCAACCAUUCAGCCCGCUCAGCCACAGUCAGUCAUUUUCAGGGACGACCACUCACCCCUGAUAUUUCGUACGGACAGAGCCCCGGGUGGAAGUCUCCGGUCUUCAAACCGUCCUUCAGACACUCCAUGUCCUCCCUGGUCUGCCCUCCUCCUUAACAAACACACCAUCAUAAACUGUCAUGAAGAAAAAAAACACAGCCGGCCUAUGACAUUUAUUUUCAGGUCUUUAUGUCUCUACCACCUGAAAGACGUCACCAAAGAGUUUGUGUGUUGUGUUU